AUGGUCGCACAGUUAAUACUCAGCGCUGCUCUCCUUAGUCUCGCCUCCACAGCUUUUGCCAACACGACCUCGGUUCGAAAGGGCGACUAUGUCAACUGGAGGAAGUUCCAUGCCAAUGGUGUCAACCUUGGAGGAUGGCUGGCCCAGGAAAUUCUCAUUGAUCCAUACUGGCGGGAUAACUACUGUAGAGGACAUGACAAGCUCGCAUCUGGUGAUGUGAACCUCAUCCGCAUCCCUACCGGUACUACAUAUGCAGCUUGGGUCAAAAUCCCUGGUGCUGGGUACCACUCUGGCAACCAACAGAAAUACUUCAAGCAGGUCGCAGACUACGCGAUUAAGACGUAUGGCAUGCACGUCGCCCUUGACCUGCACUCGCUCCCGGGUGGUGUCAAUGGCUUAGAUAUUGGUGAACGUGUCGGUCAUUGGGACUGGUUCAACAGCACCAAGAAUCUUGAUCUCUCCCUCAAAGUCGUCGACACCGCCGUGAGCUUCAUCCAGAAUUCAGGCUCACCGCAAUCCUACUCCUUCGCUCCGAUCAAUGAACCUGCCGACAACCCCGACUUCUCCAAGUUCGGCCAACCCGCCGCUCACUCCGAUGCCGGCGCCGACUGGGUGCUCAAAUACUUCAAAGCCGUUUUGGAGCACGUCAAGUCCAUCAACUGCAAGAUCCUCGUCUUGCUACAGGGCAGUUUCAAGGGUGAGCCGUUCUGGUCCCCCAAAUUCGACAAGAGCGAGAACAUUGCGUUCGAUGUGCACAACUACUAUUUCGGACGACCCAACAACUCAGACAAUUUCACAUCUCUGCUGUGCGCGGAUGCGAAGACGCUGACAGGUGAUGGCAAGUUUCCCGUUUUCGUAGGCGAGUGGUCGAUCCAAACAAGUGUAAACAACCAGCUUGCGAAUCGCGCAAGGAACGUGAACACCGGGCUGUAUUCAUACAACAAGUAUACACAGGGCAAUGCGUACUGGACUGCCAAGUUCAGGGGGAAUGUGAGUGUGGUGGGAGAGGGCACAACAAGCGAAUACUGGAACUAUGAGAGCUUCAUUGAUCUGGGGAUCCUGGAUGAGAAGCAAGGAAAGCAGUACUGCUCUUAG